AAAAAAAAAAAUUCUUCCCCUUUCUCUGUUCAACGGCCGAGUUUUCUUGAAUUCUAGGGUUUCGAAUGAUCGAAAGGUGACUCGAUUCUGGCCGUCAACUAACGGCCCAAGAUGGUGGAAGUGAUGGCGGCGGUGAAGAUGGAGGAGAGGUGCUGCGUGGAGAACAAGCAGUCGGCCGCUGAAUCGACGAGCUCUUCAGUGUCAGAGGGGAGUUACGGGUUUGCGAGCCCAUCGCCUGCGGCUUCGAGCCCUGUGGUGUCGUCGUUGCCAGCUCAUAGGAGAACAAGUGGCCCUAUAAGGCGAGCAAAGGGUGGUUGGACACCUCAAGAGGAUGAGACAUUAAGGCAUGCUGUAGAAGCUUACAGGGGAAGAUGUUGGAAGAAAAUAGCUGAAUUUUUCCCAGAUAGGUCUGAAGUGCAAUGUCUACAUCGUUGGCAGAAGGUUCUCAAUCCAGACCUUAUCAAAGGUCCAUGGACUCAAGAGGAAGAUGAAAAGAUCGUUGCACUUGUGGCGAAGUAUGGACCGACAAAAUGGUCUGUUAUAGCAAAAUCACUACCGGGCCGCAUUGGAAAACAAUGUCGGGAGAGGUGGCACAAUCAUUUGAAUCCAAUGAUAAAAAGAGAUGCUUGGUCAGUAGAAGAGGAACUUGCUCUUAUGAAUGCACACCGUGUGUAUGGGAAUAGAUGGGCAGAAAUUGCAAAGGUCUUACCUGGAAGGACGGACAACUCAAUAAAAAACCACUGGAACAGUUCCUUGAAGAAAAAGUUAGAUUUCUAUUUAGCAACCGGUCAACUUCCAGCAACUCCAAAGCCUGCCAUGCAUUAUGGUUCCAAAGACACAACGCACCUAGCUAAUGGACGAUUAUUUUCUUGUUCGAAUAAAACAUCGGAUACUAGUGAGCCAGAUGCAAGAAAUAAAAAUUUAGCAGAAAUUGCUGCUUGCUUAGGUUCCAGUCUGCCUACUGAAUCUUGUAAAUUGGAAGAGAGAGAGGAUUGUUUGGAGCCCUUGCCCUUUAAAUUAUCCCUCACCGAAGCUCUAACAGGUGCACCAGUCACAGUACGUGAUCAUUCUGAUGCUGUUGAAAUUGAUCCUAUCUCUGGGAAUGCUUCAGAUUUGGAGCCACAACUGGCUGAUUUCAGAAAUUCAUGUGAAAUUGAUCAGGAGAGCAAGAAAGCGCAAACUUUGUCGCAGCCUGAAAUCUCUUCUCUUUAUUAUGAACCUCUUUAUUAUGUGCCACCUCGACUUGAAGAUAUCGAUGUUUCUGUGGCAUCUCCUUUACCAACCACAUAUCAGUUUAUGGAAAAAGGAUACACCUUCAGCACAUUUUCAUCACCCAAUAGCUAUCUAACUCCACUGUUUUCAAAUGGAAAGAGUUCAGAUGAGCAAAAUUUUGAAUCCAUUAUAAGAACUGCUGCCAGGAGUUACACAAACACUCCCUCCAUACUAAGCAGAAAGAGGAAAACAGAUUCACCUGUGGCUCCUGAUAGAACUGAUAAGACAAAUAAGGCAAAGAUAAUUGCUGUAAAUACCUCCAGUAGUGAAAAUAUGUGUGGUGCUUCAACUUCAAGCUUAUGCAAUGGAAUUAACAGCAAUAGUUCUCCAGCUUAUCAAUCCAAACGAAGUGCUAGAUUAAAAUCUGUUGAGAAGAAAAAACUGGACUUCACUUCAUUCGAAGAGAGUAUCGAUGGUGGCAACCAAUAUUCGAGCUUGAAACAAAGUGAUCAUCCAGUUGGUUUUGAAAGUAUGACCAGUAAUUUUGCACGUGCAACCAAGUUAGGGGUGACCUAAUGUUUCAACUGUAUGAGAUUCCACAUUGUUCCAUUAGGAGGCUUCAAACGCUCCAGAGUUGAAUAUUAAGCAGGCGAACGACAAUCUGUGGUGUUGAGCUUCUGGUGUUGGAUUUUUUUUUGGAGGAAACAUAUCUCGUGUUACCUGUAAAGCACAAAAUCAGUGUACAUUACAAGCCCUUCCUAUCUAAAAGGGGGAAAAGAGGGGGGUUUUAGCAACUUACAUGACAAUAACUCUUUUUUUAGAACCUUUGUAUAUCUUUACGGAGUAACAUUUUCAUUUUAGGACCAAAGAAUAAGAAUAAAGUUGAUUUCUGAAGAUCAAAUUGCAGGUAGCAUGUAUCUUUUCUGUAAAACUGGUUUGGAGACUGUGUACGGUUUCUCAAUGUGUUGAAUAAAAUUUGCUGUGUUGAUC